AUGUCCAUGUCAUAUUUGCACUUAUCAGCAUGGAAUGGCAACGGCACUGUUCUGGAUAAAGCUCAUAAGUACAUUGACUUGAAUAUUGUGUAUCAAAAGCCUGCAUAUGGUUCAGACUCAGAUGUUGAUGGUUACCUUCUUCCCGAUAUCACGUCAGCAGACACUGACCAAGAUAUUGACGGAUCUUCCAAGCUUUACAUCCACCAAACGGAGAAGAUCUAUGUACAGAAAGAAUCGCGGUACCGAAUCAGCUUAGAUCCCUUUGAAGUUCGUCUCGUCGGUGGAUCUAAUGAUGCUGAAGGGAGAGUAGAGGUGUUGCAUGACGGAUCCUGGAGUACUAUCUGCGAUGAUGAAUGGGAUCUACGAGACGCCAGGGUGGUUUGUAGGAUGCUGGAGUUUGGUGGAGCCUUGGAGGCACCGGGAUCUGCAAGGUUUGGUCAAGGAUCUGGAAUAAUUGUCCUCGACGACCUCGACUGUAUUGGUUCAGAAAACAAUCUUGCAGAAUGUCCACAUCGUGGGACUGGAGUUCAUAACUGUGGACACGCCGAAGAUGCAGGCGCUAUUUGUUACACAGGAGCAAAUCCACACCCAUUACAAGUUCGCCUUGCCGGUGGGUCUACCGAUGUUGAAGGCAGAGUAGAAGUCAUGCAUGAUGGAUCCUGGGGUACUGUUUGUGAUAUCAACUGGGAUCUCAGAGAUGCCAGGGUGGUUUGUAGGAUGCUGGGGUACGAUGGAGCCUUGGAGGCACCGAGAACCGCUAGGUUUGGUCAAGGAUCUGGUCGAGUCCUUCUAACUGUGGUCGGAUGCGAUGGAACAGAGGACAACCUAGCUGACUGUGCUCACGCAGGGAUUGGAGAUUGGAGUUACUGCGGUCAUGGCAGGGAUGCAGGUGCCGUCUGUUACUCAGGAGUUCGCCUUGCCGGUGGGUCUACCGAUGUUGAAGGCAGAGUAGAGAUCAUGCAUGAUGGAUCCUGGGGUACUGUUUGUGAUACCAGCUGGGAUCUCAGAGACGCCAGGGUGGUUUGUAGGAUGCUUGGGUUUGAUGGAGCCUUGGAUGCACCGAGAUCUGCAAUGUUUGGUCAAGGAUCUGGUCGCGUUCUGUUAAUGUAUGUCAACUGUGAAGGAACUGAAGACAAUCUAGCAGACUGUGCUCAUGCAGGAAUAGAUCGUUACCCAUGUAGCCAUUCAAGAGAUGCAGGAGCCAUUUGUUAUUCUGAAGGUAGUGGUAGACUUUGUUUACUUUUAAUUAAUUACCUCUCCAUUAAAACAAUUUGUUUGUAACAGACACCAAAAGAUCUUUGAACUGAAAUGGUACUAAUAUAUCAUAUCAUUAUCAUUUCUAAUUGAACGUGGCUCUAGAAAUGGUAUUGAUUAAUUCGUUAAUAAGUGAGUAAUACCAACAUAUUUCAACUCUUUCUAGAUUUGGACUGUUAUCUUUAUUUACCUCCAUAAAAACGAGAACUUGUUUGAUUGUUCUUAAUAUGUAUUAUUAUUAUUAUUAUUUGUUUGGCGUCACCUGUGCC